AGCCAAACCCCACGCCAUGGCUACUAGUCGCACUAACGACGUCGGCAACGCAGAUCAUCACCUCGGUCGCGAUUAGUAUGACGUUCCUAGUUAAGGCGCUUCCGACCUUGAUGUGCAUGGUCGCGCAGCUGAAGACAGCAACCACAUCUUGCAAAUGGACUUUUCCAACGCUGCUCUUCCCUCACAUUACGGCCUGAACUUCACCAAGACAUUCCACUCCAAUAUCCCCACUAGCAUCGAUCCCAGCUCCGUCACAUUACCUCAGCCCUUUGUUGUUGUAGUGACUGGUGCAGGCAAAGGAUUAGGGUAUCACAUCAGCCUCGCAUACGCGCGCGCAGGAUGUUCGGGGCUCGCGAUCUCGUCGCGGACUAGCGAUGACCUGGAUGCGUUGGAGUCCGAGAUAUCGCAGAUUGCAGACAAGAGUGGGAGAACGAUUGAAGUCCUGAAAGCAAUCUGCGAUGUCCAGAGUGAGUCGGACGUCCUCAAGCUGGAGGACCAAGUCCGGUCCAGAUGGGGCCGAGUAGACGUCGUGAUCGCCAACGCGGGCGUGAUUUCCGCCUACAUCACACCCUCGGACUCGUCUGGGUCCAACCUGCCACAAGGCCUUGUGCAGGAUGGCGAUUGGAUGCGUGUCAUGGAUAUCAAUCUCAGUGGCGUGUGGCGUGUGAGCCGCGCUUUCUUGCCUUUACUCGCUGAAACGAAGGACGGACCGCAGACACUCAUUUCAAGUUGCAGUAUGGCUGCGCACUCGGUGGUAAGCGAACUUACGCCGGUGGCGUACAACAUGAGCAAAAUGGGGGUCAUGCGGUUGAUGGAGUGCGUGGCGAAUGAUCACGGGAACGAAGGGGUACAAGCAUUUGCACUACAUCCCGGAGCAGUCGUCACGCCGCAAACGAAGAAUCAUGCCGGAGAUGCUUGGAGUGGUAUCUUGGCGGACGAUGAGGGUCUUGCCGGAGCGUUCUGCGUGUGGUUGAGCAGAGAGAAGAAGCAAUGGCUGAGUGGAAGAUUUGUGAGUUGUAAUUGGGAUGUGCACGAGUUGGAACAAAUGAAGAACCGAAUUGUGAAGGAGGAUUUGCUCAAGUAUAGAAUGGCCGUAUAGCGACAGUCUACUACAUUCGGGCUCGUCUUUUUGCUGGAGGGUAUGCCCUUGAAUCGAGUCACUCUAUCAUUUUCGUGGUUGUGAUACGAAUGCGUUGAAUCUUACAGACGCCAAGUG